AUGAACCAUGAAAAAUACGUCCUCUUAUUAUUCUUAGUUAAUCUGGCAUCCAUAUCGUCCGCUUCAACUCUAUGCAACCAAAUAGUUCAUAGUGUUUCACAUGUUGCAUUCGGAAAUUAUUUAUCCUUCUCUAGCGGUACAUUUUUGACCUUUUUCUCAACUCCUUCCAAAGAUGAUAAGUCUUUCUCUGCUAAACUAAAAAGAUUAGUAAUCAGAACAGCAGUUAUACAACUCAUGGGAGUAUUGGCUCUUAUGACUUUCAUGACGACCAGAUUCUUCAUAUUGAAUAGUCUACAAACUCCUGAAUUAUUAAAUGGAUGUUCUACCGUUAUGUAUGUUUUCUGUGUAUUGAACGCUUUAACUCAGAUUGUACCUGAUUCAGGAUAUUUAUCGUCGGCGCUGUUGCUAUCUGGCAGUUUUGCACUGGGUAACGUUGUUCACAGUGCUUUUUACUUAAUCUUCCCAAGAAAAGAAUGGGAAGUUAUUACUACUUAUGAAUACAAGACCCAGGCGCAGUAUGAUUUCAAAGCAGAACCAGAAAACAAGAACAUACUGUCAUUCACCCAAGGGGAAGUCCUCGAUAUUGUUGAUAAAAACGGUGAUUUGUGGAUAGCAAGGAAAUCCAAUGGCACAGUUGGCAUAAUCCAAAGCGACUAC